AUGUCGGAAAUUGAUAAUGUUUUAACGGAAAAUUGGGAGGAUGAAUUUUUAAGUGGAAGAAUGGAAUUACCUCGAGUAUGGGUAACGUUAGAAAAUGGUUUUGAAAUACAAGAAUUACAAUCCCACAGAGUUGAUGAAGUAAUUGAAAUGAUCAAGGUAAUUAACAAUCAUUUUCCAUUGUCCUACUCGUUUUUUUAAUGAAUUUUAAUUUUAAUAUAAAGAGACAGACUCGUGACCUGCUUUUUUUUUUUUGCUCGAAUCGGGUUUACAACGUUAACUCUCCUGCUUCAGUGCAAUUAUUUUAAUAAUACUACCGUUCUUGAAAUCAGAUGUGAACUAUUCAUAGUUUUACUAGAGUACCCACUGUUAUUGAACAAUACUGAUGUUAAUUAAAAUUGUUAAUGCAUUUUUAUUGUUCAGUGUGGUAAUUGAGUGGUUUUUUUAUAAAAAUUUUCAUUUAGACGGACAGUACAGUUACAUAAAAAAAAAAUAAAGUUUUCUUUAUACCGAACAGUGCACAUAUAAAUAACUACCACUAUAACCAACAUAGUUUAUAAUCUUAUAACAAGACUUGUAUAAAUAUAUCAUUUUUUAGAAACAUUAUAUUUUUGAAGAGCCGAUAUUUGUUGGUAGUCAAAUAUACAAAGAUAACGAAUCUGUAGAGCAGUAUUUGUAUUUGGCUCGGCAUUGGAUCAUGGACACUCUGUCAACAAUUGCUGUGGAUAAAAAAACGAACAGUAUAGUUGGGUUUUUAAUAUGCCGAUUUAAUGAACUAUUUAACAGAGAUCCCGAAAUGAGCAGGGAAAGGGUACUUUAUUGACCUACUGAAAUGUGUACGUUAUUAUUUUAUAAGAGUUUUCAUUUAUUAAAAAUUGUUUCUUCACAGAUAUAUUCAGGUAAAACAUGGAAAGAACUACAAAAAUUUAAACAUUAUUUGACAAAACGAAGUAAUCCGUAUAAACACUAUAAAGUGGAUAACAUUUUAGAAAUAUAUUCGUGGUUUGUGCUUCCCCGUUACAGAAAAAAAGGUUUGUCAGUUAAUACAAAAUAUGAAUAGCGGAAUUAUUCAUAAUUGACAAUUUGACAGGUUAAUUUAUAUUUAAUACGACUCACAUGUAGCACAGAAUAUUUAAUGAAAACGUCUACGUAGGUGUUUAAAUUAUUACUUAUCAUAAAAAAGUCGAUAUUUUUAUAUGCAUCAAUGAUAAGCAUCUCUAUCCAAUUAGUAUCACAGUAAUCAGUAACUAAUAAAGAAAAAAAUAAAUCAAUAAAAAAAAAAAAAAAUAAUUAUUAUAGAAAUACACUACACUGUAAAAAAUUAUUUUAUUAUUUGUUUAACAAAAAUAUCUAUAAAAUAUCUCGUAAUAAUGAUUUUCUACAAUCAUUUCUGAUGAUCUCGGAAUACCUAUAACACUUUUUAGUAAAUCACACAGAAGAAGCCUAGUUUGCAUUAAGAACAAUGAAUACUAAAAUUCAUCGUACUUAACAUGUGUUGAACUGUCAGUAUAAUAAGAAAUUCAAGCGGUUCGAACAUUAUAUUUUGCACAUUUUUCAAAUGCGAUUGACUUCUGCGUGUAGGAAUUGGUACGGAACUGUUGCGGAACGUCAUGCACAGACAACUUCCCGAGUACAAAUGGUUCGAGUUGGACGUGAUAGUCGGUAUGUUUACCAGCGAUCAGAGCCAACGAAUCGCCAAAUCGCUGGAAAUGAAAACGUUGUACGAUUUCGUUUAUGCCGGGUGGACGAUCACCAACAAAAGCACCGGUAAAGACGAACGUUUCUUUAAAACUAUGAAACCGGACAGCAACUCGGCCACAGUGAUGUCGUUUCGGGCAAACGCCGCCGUCGAAUCUCAGUGGCCAUAG